AUGCGCAAAUACGAACGUAAAGUCGAACAAUUCUAUGAAAAACAUCCACAACUCAAGACUGAAGUGGUCCAAAAGUACCCAAGACCAAAGAAACCACGCACUGCAUUCACACUGUUUCUGGAAGACCACCUCAGCAAAGAGGAACAUGUCGCUGAUAAAAGCGCAUACAAAAUGGCGUCGAAACAAGCAUGGAGCAAAAUGUCGGCUAAAAAGAAAGUGCCAUGGAUUAAACAAGCAGUUGCCGAGCAUAGAAAGUACUUGGACGAAGUUCAAGUUUAUAACUUUUCACAUCCUACUGAAGUAGUGAAGCCAUUGAAGACAAUCCUCAACAAAGAAGGGCUUCAAAUGUUGAAUAAAUCCGAAGCUGCGAAGGAUCGUGUGAAAACCAUUGCAGCAAAAUGGAAUCAAGUGAGCAAAGAGGAUCGCGAUGAGUACGAAAAGAAAUUGAAAGUGAUACAAGAAAAGUACAAAAAGGAGAAGAAGAAAAAGAAGACUGAGAGACUCUUCACCUUCUCAGUCUUCUUUUUCUUCUUCUCCAUGUCCAACUCCAGUUGCGCUCGUUCUUCCUCUGGUAAUUUAUCCAGGUAUACUUUAUAA